AUGUCAAAUCUUGAACGACUCAAUUUAUAUAUUGUGGUCGAUAGUACAUUAACAUUUAUUGAGGGAAAUUACUUGAAGAAAUUAAAUGAAUUUCAAUUUUCUAUUAUUUCACGUAUAUAUAAUCUGAAGAAAUUGAAUUUACCAUCAACAAAAGAUAUCCAACAAACAUUCAUUGAUUUUCAGACUGAGAAUAUUAUUUCUUAUGUUGAUUAUUUUCCAGAAAGUAACAAGGGUCAAUGUCAUGUUUAUUCAUAUCCAUCUAAAAUGGAGUAUUACAAAUAUAUUACAAAUAAAUUUCCUGGUGGAUUAUUCAAAUAUGUUCGUGUAGUGUCAUUAUUUGAUGAAAAACCAUUUGAACAUGAAUUUUUCCUUCGAAUUCAAAAAUCAUUUCCAUUCAUGGAAAGUCUAUCAAUAAACAAUAAUAAACCACAAAAAUGUAAACAAUCAAAUGAUAAUCAUGGAAAUUUAUCUCUUAUUCAGUAUUCUUCUCUUACUGAACUUUGUAUCAUCGAUGUUCAUGAUGAUUAUAUAGACGAAUUUCUAUCCGAUACAAAAACGUAUCUAGAAGCAAAUUUCGAUCUUUAUAUCAAAUAUGAAUCCUUACAACGGAUAACAGACAAUUUUACAAGAGAAAAUACACGAAUUAAUUGUACAAAAGUUAAUAAAUUAUAUUUACAUGAUAAUUCAAAACAUUCAAACACUUUAGAAGAAUAUUUUCCUAUCGCCAAAGUAAUUCCUCGAUCUGUAUUUUGA